AUUCCUAGUCGUAGAAAACGUACAAAAGUUAUUGUAGAAGAUUAAAAAGUGUCAAAGGAUGGUUAUAGUAUACGGUCUUUUCACCUCAAACGAUCGUUGUUGAAGCAUUGGCCUUCAAGACAUGUCAUACCAUGCUAUGCUAUGUCAUGCCAAGCAAAAGUAAGGAAAGUCGGGUAGGUAUAGUGGCAUUAUUCCGCUAUUCGUUCUUUAUAUUUAUACCAUACCGGCGGGAGCGUCAUUGUUUCCUUGUCCGGUCCCACCGAGGGUGGAGCUCGACGUAAAUGCCUGGCCCUUGAUUCCUGCAAAGGUAUAACAUAUACCAGUUAAACCCAAGACAACACCAGCCGCGAUCAAGCUAGUAACCGAGAAAAUGCAGCCCAAAAAGGUCACCACUGCGAAAAUUGCGUAAAUAAGCUAUUGAUUCAAGUGUUAGUGAUUCAUCUACAUGACCAGUUUUAUGCAAAAACAAUUCGUACCCCACGGUAAUAGUUGCUUGCAAAAGUAUUCGUAAAUGUUUGAAACUUUUGAGAAACUGGGCAAAUGCGUGCCAAGAAGGGAAGUUCAAUAAAAACUAACAGCACACCUUCCACAAUGGUCAAGGCCGAGAACAAUACGACUAAUGUGAUGUGAAACAAAUUAACAAUUCCCAAAAUAAUACACACUACAUUCUCAUGUUAGUAUACUCAAUCCACAUAAAAGCAAUGUCCAUCGUGCACUACAACGAAAAUUGAGUAUUGUGUACCCAACUUGCAUCAGUGUCUACCACAAUUUACAGACUCAACUCCAAUAGUUUCCGACAAAGGAGGUGAUUUCUUUCGUCGUCCAUCAAUAUGCAAACAUGUCUCUCUUGCUGAAUGCCUUUUACUUACAGAAAAUCGAAAGAAUCCCGAGCCAUUGAGCGUAAAUCCUGAAAGUUUAGUUAGUGUACUUCCAUUCAGUCGUUCGAGUGUUCCAUACGAAAAAUUCCAACUCUUUAGUUCUCCAAAGAACGUAUUUUUCAUUCGAUCUAAAAUCAUAGACUGAAACAUUUUGAAUGAAGGAUGAUGCUAAGCGCAAACACACUUGGAUCCAAAUUCCAAUAACCUUGGUCUGUUCGUGUCGUUUAAGGAGAAAUAAAACUCGUUCGUAAGUCAUUUUCCGCAUCACUAAGCAUCGCUUAAGGUAAAAUAUUAUCUGAUCAGAUAAACAUUUUAAUCGAGGAAGUCAUCAUUUGGGAAUUCGUAAAUGGUAACUUCUUAAAAGAGAAAAAUUAUAAUUCUUGAAAGGUUUUAUUUAUUUUUAUUCUAUUUUUCUUGCAUCUACCUUCUAUGAAUCAAUCUGAUCCUCCCAGAAUAGGAAUAUGUAAGAGUUGUCGUGGUGAUGAGCAGCUCUAUGAAAUUUACAGUAAUAAUAACAAAUGCUACUUAAUAAAUCUUUGUAAUUUCAAUGGAAAAAGAAUCAUGUAAUAGCCUUAUGCUUAUAUAUAAAGGACGUCUUCUCUAUAAACAAUAGUCAAUCGAGGUUAUUUUCUUCCAAUGCAUGGAGGAUUUCUUUCUCAUAUGAUUCUUUCUUUCAUUUCUCAUUAAUAUUGACAUUUUCAAAGCAUCUCUGCUCUUUCAUCAGAUUCGGAAUCCCUAAAUACCUCAUGAUUUCUCCCGUAUCUCAGUUUUGAUAUGACAGAUAAAACUUUCUCAUGCAAUUAAUUUAUGAAUCUUCUGCUUGGUUAUUAUAGCUUACGUGCUAGCUAUCGAUCGAACUAACACAUUCUCCAACAUUCAUUUGUUUCCUGCUCCACGGAAACUUCGCUCCUUUUUCGAAUAUUGUUCUUCGUUUCUCUGUUUCAACUUCCCUUUUGAAGUUCGUGGAUGGUCAUCAGCUGCUCUCGGUUUUGAAGACUUCUCAGAACCUUCCUGGUGAAAUGGUCGCGCCGAUCUUCGCCAUUCGGGAGUCAUGCUUUUGCUAGAAGUUUUCAAAGAAUUCUUUUCAAAAUUUCGCAUUUCCUUAUUUUUCUUUGCUUCUGUCGGUCUUGGAAGAGCUUGAUCUUUUAUCGGCCUCACAUCCUCUUUUUCUGUACUCUCCAUCGUUCCUUUAACGAUUUCCUCAGAUUUCCUGCCUUUUUCAUCAACAGAAAUUGUAGAUUUCUUCUCACUAUUCUCCUGCUGCUUUCUUUUGUCAUCCUUGCUUUCAUUUUCCAGCUUCAGCUUUCGCAUCUGGUUUUCCAAAAAAGCUAGUCCACCACUGCCGGGUCUGUACCGGGGAGUAUCUUCUGGAGCAAUAUAUCCAGGCCUGACUUGCAAUUUUUGCCUCACGCUUCCAUCUUUCCUUCUGCUUUCUGGGAUAACGAGUUUGCCUUCAACCAAACGUGCUCUGUCAUCGGUUAUUAUUAAAAAACUACAAAUUUUGAAUAUACAAACCCAGAAAAAGACUUUUCCCCUUCCAUUAGGGUAUAUAGUUUACCUUUACUCAACCUAGAAAGGUUUAAUUCAGUUCUUGGUUUGUGCUUUUAGCGUUGUAUUACUAAAAUAUUUGACACCCCCAAACGACACCAUUGCUUUCACAUUUUCUAAAAAGCAUUGGUUUUCUUGAUUUUAUUUUUAUGUAUAUUUAAAUUUGAUCCAUUGAUUAUCCUUUCGCCGAUUAGCAUGCCAUGGUAUCAAGCGAAACGAACCGACAUUUGUCACGAUAUGCUUUAAUACGCAGGCGAUUGCUGUUAUUCCUUCAAUCCCAUGCAUUGAUGUACUCUUUUAUGUGGUCCGAAUCCUCAAGGAAGUCUUUGUUGAACGAAGUAUUUUCCGCACUUUUGGGUUAUGAUCAUACCUUAUGGCACGCUUUCUUGCCAGAAAAGCCUGUUAUUGGACCUUCUUUUAAGCUACGUUACGCUCAAGGGUAUAGGGAAGGCGAUGAAUAUCGUCCUGGUGUAUGCGGUCAUUCUUGCGGUCGUAUAUUUAAGAAAGGUGAAGUCUUCUAUCGAUGCAAGACUUGCAGCAUCGACAGUAACUCUGCCUUAUGCGUGAAAUGUUUCCGUGCGACAAAUCACAAAGGACAUGAAACCUCCUUUACGAUUAGUGCUGGAAGCGGAGGCUGCUGCGAUUGCGGAAAUUCUAGUGCCUGGAUUCGCGAAAUGCCGUGCAAGAUUCAUAAUUCAUUACAAAAUAUAAGUGAAACAAAAAGCGGUACCCAAGAAAUUGAUGAAAAACUUGCCUUAAGUAUUAAGGCAACUAUAGAAUGCGUUUUGGAUUUUAUUCUUGACGUAUUCCAUUGUAGUCCCGAAAAUCUAAAGAAGAUGCCUACUUAUGAGUCGAUCAUUGAAGACGAACAUUCAAGUAGGUUGAGUGAGGAUAAAUACGGGGAGAUUGAUGAUUCGUGUAAUUUAUACUCCUUAAUGCUUUGGAAUGAUGAAAAACACUCCUUCAAGCAAUUUUAUGAACAAAUUACCAUUGCGUUCGAUGCUCCCAAUGACUCGUUUGGGCAAAGACUAUCGAAUAUAAUUAAUGAUACCGGAAGGGCUUGCGUAGUAACCGAUUCAAACAUAAAAGAAUUAUUGAGGAUCGGUCACAAGCUUGCUCAGAUCAAUCUGACGGUAACUAUACGGUCUAUGAGGGACACAUUUCGUGAAGAAUGCUGCGGUGUCUUAGUGGAAUGGCUGGCUGAUAUCGCUGGAAGCGAAGUAUGCGGUGAUAAAAGCUAUAUUAGGACUAUUAUCUGUCAAGAACUUAUAAAACCUUGGAAAUGUGGACUACAGUCAAGUAUCCACUCGUCGAAAUCUCCAUCUUUUGCCAAAUCCGAAAUAGUCGCCAUUGAUAAUUCAGACGCCUUCCUUAGUGAAACUCAUGAUCGAUCAGUGCAGAUGAUGUUGCAAUCCGCUAGCGAAAAUUUUGAAGAGAGUGAAUUAGAUAAUCACUCAUUUCGAACUGCUACUACCCAUUGGACACCCUCUUAUUUAAAGAAGGGAAAGCAUGAGGUGUUAUAUAAGACUCGAUUUGAUUACUUUUUCUUGUACGACUUGAAGCUUUGGAAAAGUUUGAGAUACAAAUUGCAAGAGCUUUACUUAGGUUAUUUCAUAAAUGUUCCUGGUUUUAAAGAAGUUAUGGGAACCCGUAUUGCUAUUCUAUAUCGGAGGCUUGCCGAACUAUUUUUGCUUUUAGACAGAGAACCUGAGCAUUCAGUUAUAUUCUUUUCGAUGCAAAUUUUCACUGUUUUCGGGAUAGCAAGAGUGUUGAUAAGCGAUUUUGAUUUUCUGACCACUGUAAACGCGACCCUCUAUACUUUUUUUACUUACAAAGUGUUGUCUGCUCCAAACUUCGUUGAUGAUCAAGCUAUUAUACGAGUUGAUUCUACGGCAUUUCACUCUCGUAGGUACAUCCAUAUUUUUCAUCACAUACAAUUUAUGUUGGGGAUUGACUGCGUUGCUGAGGCAGUUCGCGAAGACCCUCGCUUUUUGAAGCAGUAUGCUGACUUCUUCUCACUUUUUCAAGGAAUGAGUCCUUAUACGCGUGCAAUUUCGCAACAUGUGGAAUGGGAAAGCGAUUCAUGGAUGUACGUCUUGAAUGUCAGUUUGCAAGUAGCAAAGCUUUGUAGACAUGUUGGGAAUGUCUUUGCUUACUUAGACCCAGAAAGAUUGAAAGUUGCAAUUGAUUAUUUAUUUGGAGCGAUAAUACAGCCACGAAAUCGUCCUGCUGAUUCAUGGAGUAAUACUGAAUCAUCAACAACUGGGACGUGGGAGGACAGGAAUGGAAUGAUUCAUUUGGUUGAGUAUGAUAUUGGUUUCCAACCUAUUUCAUUUCAUCAUCCGUUACAUUGGUUAUUAACUUAUUUAUUGUCUUUUCAUAUGAAGAAACCUGGUUUUGAGCGAGCAUGGCGUGAAAGCGAUUUAUUACGGGUCGUGGAUCACCCUUUGAGAGUUUGCGCUUGGCUUGCCCAGAUGCGCUCGAAACUUUGGAUAAGAAAUGGAACUACACUUCGUGAUCAAGCUCAUCAUUACAGAAACUUAAGUUUCCAUGAGUAUACAUUUGAUUUGGAUCUUACCUUACUACAACUUGUUUUGGUAUACGGUAACCCGAAUGUGGUGCUUCCUAUAUACUCAGAAAGAUACCAACUUUGCGACCAAUUUAAAGGUAAUUAUUUCAUUGCGCAUAAGCACUACGAUAUCCCCCAAUUAUCAAGCAUGCUUGAAGAAUUUAUGCUUUUGAUUAUAUCCUUAGUUAGUCAUACAGCUAUAUUGGACGACCGGAAUAUGUCUGAUAACAUAAAACAUGAAAUUGCACAUCUUCUUUGCUUUCAGCCAUUGUCCUAUUCUGAAAUAAUUAAACGCGUUUGUGAACAUUUCUUAGAUCAAAGAGAAUUUGAAGAGACCUUACAUGAGAUAACAAAUUUUCGGCCAGCCGAAGGCAUAAAUGACACUGGAACUUUUGCUUUAAAGGACGAAUAUUUCAACUUAAUAGAUCCUUUUAAUGUUCAUUAUUCGCGAAACCAGCGUGAGGAAGCCGAAUUAAUACUUAGGAGGAAGUAUUCAAGAAUACAUGACAAACAGCUUGAUGAUGUGGUAUAUGAAGCUUAUCAUCCUAUCAUCACCUCUACAAAAACACUUCAUGUUCUUCAAAGUGAUGUUUUUCUGAAAACUUUAUGGCAUUCUGUGAAUUACUGUUAUUUGUACCCUUCUGAUCAAGGUAAAUGUGAAGGUCUUUUGCUGGCAACUUUGCAUGCUUGCUUAAUUGCUUUCACUGCAGAAAUGAACGACGAACCAAGAUUUGCUUUGAAAUUUUGUGAAACGAAAUACCCGGUAGUUGGUGGGCUCGAUCAGUAUUGUAAUAGUUCGUAUGUGUCUUUAUUCACGGUGUUGUAUCAAAUAAAAGAUCAUACUGAAUUUGCGUUUGCAAGAAAAAAAUUGAAUUAUUUAUUUUCUAUUCUGAAAAACAGAAUUCCUUCGUGUUAUGAAAAAUUAUACCGGGAGACAUUAACGGUAUCAUCUUCUAAAGUUGCUCAAUCACUAUCGGAAGCCGAGGAAUCAGAGCAACGUCAAGCAAAGAUACGUUUAGCAAAAGAAAGACAGCAACGCAUUAUGGAACAAUUUCGUCUACAGCAAAAUAGGUUUUUAGAAAAUAAUACGGACUUUGAAUUAUCUGAUUCAGAAAUGGAUGACGCCGAUACCUCCUCAAUUACAAGUACACUUAGUACAAGAUUGUUUUUGGAGCCUCCGGUCGAAUCUUGUUUGCUUUGUCAAGAAGAACUUAGGGAUAAGCGACCUUAUGGUACACUUGCAUUCAUUCAAAGGAGUUCUGUACUUCGAUAUUUGCCGUCUGUUGAUUUUACUAAUUUAAGAGAGAUAUACGAUCUACCCGUCAAUUUAGAUCGGACACUUCCAUCUCGUCCGUUUGGUAUUGCUGCUCACAAUAAACAUGAUUUGGACGAUGUCGAUAACUAUCAGUCGUAUACUUCCCAUAACUCCUAUUCAGAAUUUGAAGGUAUCGAAGAUUUAGAUUCAAAAGAUAUUUUAAGAGGAUUUCCUUCGGAUUCUUUGGAUCGAGGAUUGUACGCUAAUAGUUGUGGGCAUUUGAUGCACAUCGAUUGUUUCAAAAACCUAAUGACUAGUGUAACAUUAACUACACGAUCAAACCCUUAUCGGAAUCAUCCUCACAAUUUAAGCAUGAAAGAGUUCUUGUGUCCGCUCUGUAAGGGUCUUUGUAACACAAUCUUACCUAUUCUGUGGAGGCCAAAGGAAGAAUUGAAUUCUUCAGAAGUCAGGACCAAUGAUUGCGGCUUGACAGCGUGGUUGUUUCCGAAUCCUUAUAUAAAUGAAUCCAUGCCGAGUACUCAAUUGUAUUCGAUAAAUGAUAUCAAUGCACAAGGCACAAGUUCGUCAAAUCCCAUUUUCCCGGACCUCUUCCAAAACGCAUUUAAAGACUCGCUGAAGGAAGUGUAUACCCUCAACAAUGGGAAUAAAUCUACAGAAAAUUUAACAUCACAGUCGGACAACUAUCUGAAUAUAACAGAUUCUUCGCCUGUUAAUUCUAUUCCAAGUGAAAGAAAGUCUUUGGAAGAUCGUUUUAUAAUUUCUGAAGACAUAUUUGAGUUAUAUCGGCGACUGAAUGAGGUGGUGGAUCUAAAUUCUUCCCUUUACUCUAGUGAUUAUCUACCUUUGAACGGUAAAAUAACGAAUGUCUUGAAGCUCUUUUCUUAUACGUUAACCCAAGUUGAAUUAUCUGCUCGAGGAAAUGUUAAAGCAGCUGGCAGUACUUUGCCUGGUGUUUGGUUUUACAAUAUCAGUAAAAAGCAGCAAGUUUUCUUACGAGUUUUAUCAGAAACAGUUAAAACGUACACCCUUUUAUGUGCACAUGAUUUUGAGAGAAGCAUAGACAGUUCAAUGCAGGAGUACGAGUUGAUUAGCUACUGCCAACAAAAAAGACUGUUUGGCAAAGUUUUCCAUUCAUUAGAACUUCCUUUCACGAAUGUAAUAAGUGAUGAUAGAAUCGAACCUUUGCUGGAAAAGGAUCCAUUCCGUGAAUUCGCAGAAGCAAGUGUUUCAGGUCUUGUGAUUUGCGAAAAUUCAUUUCAUACGUUGACUCAGCUGUAUUAUUUGUCUGACAUUGUCAAGAAUUUGAGGGUUUUGCUGCGAAGCAAAGUAGCUUUGAUGCAGCUUAUGCAUAGCCAAUCUGUUCAAGUGUUGGAUUCUAAAAUGCUCGAAGGAUUUCAACUGCUGGUAUCUCGCGUUUGGCAGUGGAGUGGCCUAGCCGAUCAUUCAAACAAUCCCGAGAUUUUUAACAAUCAUGAUCUAAGCGAUCUUCGAAUGUUGUCUCUUCUUUACCACUUGGUUGAAAAAUUUGAGCUUGUUUUUCUAAGGAAAUCUGCCCUGCUAUGGUACUGUCGUUAUGGGAUAUCAUUUGAGAGCCCGUCAGUAAGUGAUGGUAUAUCUGCCUGUGAGCAGCAACGUUUACAAAGACAACUUCAACUGGAUAAUAUAGGGACGUUGGCAAAUAGAUUACUGAAUACGAAUGAUUCCCGGAAAUGGUCGAUUGUGGAAUUUUGGAUUAAGUCCUUCGCAUUUAGUAGUAGCUUAUGCGAGUCUCCACGUCUAUAUAGUCCUUCCAUCCCCGAAUUAGUCUCUUUACCGUUUGAACACGAUAAAUUAUUUGAGCUUCUUUUGGGAAAAAAAUGUUCGAAAUGUCUUACAGAACCAUUAGAGCCAGCUAUAUGUUUGUUUUGUGGACAAUUUUUAUGUUUCCAGAGCUACUGUUGUGCAUUCAAUGGUAUUGGUGAGUGUAAUCUACAUAUACAACAAUGUGCUGGAGAUGUUGGGAUCUUUUUUAUCACCAAGAGAUGUGCAGUAUUAUAUUUAAACCCGCCUCUUGGGAGCUUUGCGGUGGCCCCUUUUCUGGAUACUUACGGUGAACCGGAUCUUGGUUUACGACGAGGACGAUCUCAAUACUUAUCGCAAAAACGAUACGACGAAACUGUUAGAAAUACAUGGUUAAAUGGGUUUAUACCUUCUUUUAUUGCAAGGAAGCUGGAUGGCGUAAAUGAUACCGGAGGUUGGGAAACUCUUUAAUAAUUCUUUGAAACUGUUUUACAAAUAUUUAUUGGUAUCUAUGGAGCUUGCAUCUAGAAUAAAUUGAGCCGGAGCUAAUCAUGUUUUUUCAUUGUACAUAUUGUUUCUUCGUCUUACAUUUACUCUCUUUAAUUAAGUUGUUUAUACUUUUCACUAGCAUUGAAACACUGUAAAUAUACCUGACAAGUUACGGAUGUAGUCGUCUGGGUGUGUAAUAAGUA